CUCGAUCGAUUGAAAAUUAAACUUUAAUAAUAUAAUCAAUUUUGCUUUUAGUCACAUAUUAUGAACAUAUUUUCUUCCAAUGCUGCCUGUUUUGGGACGUAACAAGAACGAAACUUUUAUUUGCAUUCGCUGCUAAAACAUGUCUAUAGUACGAACAUGUUCAGGACUUUACUGCGGACGUACAGAAUUAGAGAAUGGAUCUUGGAGUGACUGUGGUGCCUGUCCGAGAGGGUUCCGCACCAAUGCCACUAGUUAUUGCGUUGAAUGCUCUGAGGAGCCGACGCUGUAUGAUUGGCAGUACCUUGGCUUCAUGGUGUUGUUACCACUUGUUUUACACUUAUUCUUCAUUGAUAUGGUUGCAGCGGGGAACAGAAAUUCAACAAUAGUAACACAACUUAUCUGUGCAUUCUUAGAAGUUGUGAUUGGAACUCUAGCUGCAUUGAUAGUGCUGCCUCCUACUGGCUCCAUAGAUCUUCAUGUGUGCUCGCCUAAGGCUCUGUCAGACUGGUACACACUGCUGCACAACCCACAGCCUGAUUACAGAGAGACACUCCAUUGCACACAAGAAGCAGUGUAUCCUUUAUACACAAUUGUCCUACUUAUUUAUGCAUUUGGUCUUUUAAUGACGGUAACAUUAAGGCCAGUCCUGUUGGCCUGGCGCAAAUCAAACACUGGCAAGAAAGCAAUUUACUGUGCUUUGUAUUUCUAUCCUAUACUUGUGCUUAUACACACUGUUGCUGCAGGAUUGAUAUAUUUCUCGUUCCCUUAUAUAAUCAUUAUAAUAUCAAUGAUGACGUCAGCAUCGCAUUUCUCGAUCAAAAUAGAUCAGACAUCGCCAGCUUUACUGUCAGCUUCGAUUACCAAUGUACGGAACUUGAUAAUACUCAUUGGACAUUGGAUAAUACACGCGUAUGGUAUUAUAUCGUUGACCGGCUUCAAGGAGUUGUGGUAUUUGACAUUGGUACCAGCGCCAGCACUGUUUUACAUACUCACAGCGCAGUUUACGGACCCAUUGAAGAUUCACAACGAUUGACUAGCUGAAUGCCCAGUAGUGAAGUUAUUCUUUCUAGCAGUGAGACUGGAAAUGUUUGCAUGAUAAAAAUAAUCAAGCAUGAUUGCUAACAUCACUCGAAGUAAUGGUUUUUAACAACUUUUGAAUAAAAUCAUCUCUUCAGGUCUCGAUGGUGACACAUUACGAGGUUUUAAUCCAACUACAAAAAGUGUUGCGUAUUUUUUUGGUACAAAAGCUCUUAAGAAAAUUUAGGAAAACUUAAAACGCCUCGGGUUAUGCGACGCGUUCCGUUUUAGAAAUUGGAAGUACAUAAAAACACGUAUGUGAUAUUACUACGCCGCCAGGACAACCGAACCUCCUCGAUCCCUAACUAAUGUUCGUACGUUAUCCCUAACAAUGUACAAAAGUCCUUGAUGGAACUCUAGAUCGCCAGUUCAUAGAGUGAGAGAAUAAAAAGUGAGUAGGUAUUAGGUGAAUAGCUAUUACCGAUUUCAACGAAGCCAACGAUUUCUCGCAAGUAGUAACGCCCAUCUAGCAAUUUUUUUUUACUUUUACAUAGAUAAUAUUGUAAAUACUUACUGAAAGUUUAAGGUGUCAUAGAAAAUGUAAAUAAGAGGAGAAAGGAGAUUUUAAUUUAUUAAAUGUUUUUGAAACAAUAAUAGUCUAAUCUAGUUUUAAU